AAAUUAUACUUCCACCAAGGGAUAAUUAAGUUGAACUUAUUCGAAAUUUGUAUAGAGAUGGAAAUUUAAAAUGUAAAUGUGUAACAUAUAAAAAACAUGGAAAUUCAAUUAAACUAAAAUCAUGAGAUUUUUAAACUUAAAAAGUUAAUUUGAAAAUAGUGAUUUUGAUUAAAAGCUAUUUUUCAAAAGAUCAGUUUUGCAUAAAUACCACUUCGAAUUCGAAGUAUAAAGCUGGGCCGUUUGUGGCACACAAAAAGCCCAUUUUGUAGAGAGAGAGAAAGAAAAAGAGAAAGAGAAAGAGAAAGAGAAAGAGAGGAAUUGAGGUCGAAAGUGGCCAUUGCCGGCAGGUAGUCUUAGCAUCACAUUCAUUCACAUACGUAAAGUGGCCUCGGUUUCUUCAACUCCGGCGCCGGUAUCCUUCUUCCUCUUCCCUUCACGUACCGUUUUCCCGACUAACUCGCUGGAAUAUUCAACGUUGAUUACGGAACUACUCUGAAAAUGGCGCUCAAAUUCCAUCCUCUCACCUCUCAAUCUCCUAAGUUGCCGUCCUUUGCGAUGCCGCAGCUUGCAAGUCUCAGAUCUCCUAAGUUUGUUAUGGCCUCCACUCUCCGCUCCACCUCCAGGGAGGUUGAGACGCUUAAGAAACCGUUUAUGCCUCCAAGGGAAGUGCAUCUUCAAGUAACUCACUCAAUGCCCCCUCAAAAGAUAGAGAUAUUUAAAUCUUUGGAGGAUUGGGCUGAAGAGAACCUUUUAGUUCAUUUGAAACCAGUGGAGAGGUGUUGGCAACCACAGGAUUUUUUGCCAGACCCGGCAUUUGAUGGAUUUCACGAGCAGGUUAUGGAGCUUAGAGAGAGGGCAAAGGAAAUCCCUGAUGAUUACUUUGUUGUUUUAGUUGGAGACAUGAUUACAGAAGAAGCCCUUCCUACUUACCAGACAAUGCUGAAUACUUUGGAUGGAGUCAGGGACGAAACAGGAGCAAGCCCCACUUCUUGGGCAAUUUGGACAAGGGCUUGGACUGCUGAAGAGAACAGGCAUGGUGACCUUCUGAAUAAAUAUCUUUACCUAUCUGGAAGAGUGGACAUGAGGCAGAUUGAGAAAACAAUUCAGUAUUUGAUCGGAUCGGGAAUGGACCCAAGGACUGAAAACAAUCCUUACCUAGGAUUUAUAUACACCUCAUUUCAAGAAAGGGCAACGUUCGUCUCCCAUGGGAACACUGCCAGACUAGCAAAAGAACACGGAGACAUAAAGUUAGCUCAAAUAUGUGGAACAAUUGCUGCAGAUGAGAAGCGACACGAGACUGCAUAUACAAAAAUUGUCGAAAAGCUCUUUGAGAUAGACCCUGAAGGAACGGUCAUAGCUUUUGAAGACAUGAUGAGGAAGAAAGUCUCAAUGCCUGCUCAUCUGAUGUACGAUGGCCGCGACGACAACUUGUUUGAUCACUUCUCAGCAGUUGCACAGAGGCUUGGAGUUUACACAGCGAAAGACUACGCAGACAUAUUGGAGUUUUUAGUUGGGAGAUGGAAGGUGGAAAGUUUGACUGGACUGUCGGGCGAGGGACAGAAGGCUCAGGAUUAUGUGUGCGGAUUACCUGCAAGAAUUAGAAAGCUAGAAGAAAGAGCUCAGAGUCGGGCAAAAGAAGGUCCUACGAUUCCGUUCAGUUGGAUUUUCGAUCGGCAGGUUAAGCUGUAGAAGGUGAAAGGAGUAGGAAGGAAGGGAAUCUGAAGAAGAGGAGUUGAUGAUGGGGAAAGGGAAAAAAGGAGAAAUCAAUUCAUCAUUUGGUGUACUUUGUCUUUUUAAUGUGUUGAAGAACAAUAAUGGUCAGUAUCAUCUUCUUUGCUCUGUUUUGUCCAUUCCUUCUCUCUUUAUCUCUCUCUCUCUCAAAAAAAAAAAAAAAAAAAAAAGGGCAAAAAUUUGUUUGUGUUUGUAGUGUAGAUACAAUAUUUUGUGCGUCGGUCUGUCGUUUUAGGUGUGAUAGAUGUAGAAGGAAGGAAGGUAAUGGUAAUGGCAGUGUUGUUUGUUUGUGUUUUAGUUUUUGUCAUUUUUACUUCAUUUUGUAAAAUUUGUUUCCUCGUUGUAUCAGAACAAUCUACAAUUUUGAUCAUCAA